GGGCAGGCGGGUGCUGACGGAGGAGGCGGAGCUGGGCCGGGCCGGGCCGGCUGGUGGCACCGGCACCGGAGCAGGUACGGCCGGGACAGUGCCCGGGGCACGUGGUGAAGAAAAAAGGAAUUCAGCAAAAACAUCUGCGCUGAAAGCAAUGGUGAUACCUGAGCAUCAUCUGUGUGAGAGGCAGCAGGAGUGAUGUUCUUGUUACUGCUUGGACUUCGCAAACAAAGUUCCUGAGCCGGCUGAUCUCUCCGACCAGCUUCCCACCAUGGAUCAGGACUACGAGAGACGUCUUCUACGCCAAAUCAACAUACAGAAUGAGAACACAAUGCCUUGUGUAGCAGAGAUGAGAAGAACCUUGACACCCUCCAAUUCUCCGAUGUCUUCUCCUAGUAAACAUGGUGACAGAUUCAUUCCCUCAAGAGCUGGGGCCAACUGGAGCAUCAACUUUCACAGAAUAAAUGAAAAUGAAAAAUCACCAAGCCAAAACAGAAAAGCAAAGGAUGCUACAUCAGACACUGGCAAAGAUGGCCUUGCCUACUCUGCCUUGCUGAAGAAUGAACUCUUGGGAGCAGGGAUUGAGAAGGUGCAGGACCCCCAAACAGAGGACAGGAGGUUGCAGCCAUCCACCCCAGAGAAGAAAUCUCUCUUCACUUACUCGCUCAGCACAAAACGCUCCAGCCCAGAUGAUGGCAAUGAGGUCUCACCCUAUUCCCUAUCUCCCGUCAGCAACAAAAGUCAGAAACUGCUAAGGUCACCUCGAAAACCAACUCGGAAAAUCUCCAAGAUACCUUUCAAAGUACUGGAUGCCCCAGAGCUGCAGGAUGACUUCUACCUGAACCUGGUGGACUGGUCCUCUCUUAACGUCCUCAGUGUUGGCCUUGGGACUUGUGUUUACCUGUGGAGCGCUUGUACAAGUCAGGUGACCCGGCUGUGUGACCUCUCUGUGGAGGGCGAUUCUGUGACAUCCGUGGGCUGGUCAGAGCGGGGAAACUUGGUGGCCGUUGGUACUCACAAGGGCUUUGUACAGAUCUGGGAUGCAGCUGCAGGAAAGAAGCUCUCCAUGCUGGAGGGACACACAGCCAGAGUUGGUGCCUUGGCGUGGAAUGCAGACCAGCUCUCGUCCGGGAGCCGGGACAGGAUGAUCCUGCAGCGGGACAUCCGCACCCCACCCCUGCAGUCUGAGCGGCGGCUCCAGGGACACAGGCAGGAGGUCUGUGGGCUCAAAUGGUCCACAGACCACCAGCUCCUGGCCUCUGGAGGGAACGAUAAUAAGCUCCUUGUCUGGAAUCACUCCAGCCUGAGUCCUGUGCAACAAUACACAGAGCACCUGGCAGCAGUCAAAGCCAUUGCCUGGUCCCCACACCAGCAUGGGCUUCUGGCCUCGGGUGGGGGCACAGCCGACCGCUGCAUCCGCUUCUGGAACACGCUCACGGGGCAGCCCCUGCAGUGCAUCGACACUGGGUCCCAGGUGUGCAACCUGGCCUGGUCCAAACACGCCAACGAGCUGGUGAGCACCCACGGAUACUCCCAGAACCAGAUCCUCGUCUGGAAGUACCCCUCAUUAACUCAAGUAGCAAAGCUCACAGGGCACUCUUACCGAGUCCUGUAUCUGGCAAUGUCCCCUGAUGGGGAGGCCAUUGUCACAGGAGCUGGAGAUGAAACCUUGCGCUUCUGGAACGUCUUCAGCAAAACUCGCUCCACGAAGGAGUCUGUAUCUGUGCUCAACCUCUUCACCAGGAUACGAUAAACCCCAUCCCUGUGCCCCAGAAACCUACAGCCUGACAUUCCAGGAUCAGACCACUCCCUCGGCCUGCAUGGACCCCCGGAGCCCAGCCAAGGGGAGGGAGAGCCGUGGGACUGGAGGAGGACCCAGCUCAUUAAAUAUGUGCUUGUGAUCCACAGGCUGGGCAAUAUUUGGUAUGGGGUGGGGAGGGGAGGGAACUGCCAAAGGUUUUUGGAUUCACCGUUCAUAAAGGGAAACGGGUACAAGAGAAAUGUUAACCCAGCAUCCUCCAACCAUCGGGAUGGUACUGGGGAGGACUCGUGUGACAUGGACCAUUGACACUGGACCGAGGCCAUCUCCACUGCCAUGCUGUGCCUCCUGCGAGAGAGGAGCAUAUCCUUGCUGCUGUGGGAAGGGGUACCACGUGCUGCUCUGUGUCCUAGAGCGACAGCUCUGGAAGCAGGAACCAGCCAGACUGGUCCGGUACAGCUGGUGUGAGGGGCAUAGCUCCAGGCUGGGCAUCUAAGGGCUUUGUUCAUUGCCUGGCAUCCCCAUUCCAGGAAGAAACUGGAGAACUGCCUAUUUUCCUUUUUUUUUCUUUAUUUUUCCCCCCAGACAGGUACUGUAGUACUUGACAUGAUCAUUCCAUAAGACAGUUUGAUUUUUUUGGCAUGCUUGACAGCUGCCUCUGAACAAAUACACUUUGGGGCUCUAGACUUUGGAGGAGACUUGAAAAAGCUUCACCUCUAAGGGAGCAGAUUCGGGAAGUUCUGCAGUUGCUGUUUCGUAUUCUGGGCUGAUCCUGGGAGUUACAAGAGAGGAGAAGCAAGGACUUUAUAAAAAAGAAAUCCGCCCAACCACCUGUACAAGCUUCCUUUGGUGCCACAGGGUGGGUGCCUUGCUGUGGAGUCUCCCUGAGGCCAAAAGCAGUUGGGAUGGAUUUGAGAAAAAAAAUCCUGAAGAUUUUUGGGAUGGGCAGGGCCUCUUCUGGCUGGAAGAGGAAUUCUGGCUGGAAGCAAGGCUGCAGCGUUGCUUUUUUGUUAUCUUCAAUUCCCAGACAGGGCCCUGCUGUUGAGUUUUGAUGUGUGGUUUGGGGUUUUUAGAUUGUGUGGGACAAGAGUUCUGACUGGUGUUGGAGCCCCAUGGGAUGUAACACAAAUGCUCUGUGUGUGUGUGUAGUGCUUUUGAUUUAAGAGAAGCUGUGAGGCUGCACAGCCUGUUCCAUCUGACCUGUGCCUGCCCUGCCCAGGCCCUGCUUGCCUCCUGCCGUCUCCCAGCGUUGCUUCCUGUUCCCACAUGGAAUUCCCUGGCUGUGUAUAUAGACUUGUCCUCUCUGUAGACUGCAUAGGUAAUGCUUUCUCUUUUUUUUUCCUUUGUUUUGUCUCCUCCCCCUUCUUUCCCUGAAACGUGAUGGUAGGAAUAUGAUUCCCCAGUAGCCCCAGUAUCCUUAGGGGCAGCCAAGGUGUGAGAAGGCCAAUACAGCCUUGACCACGUGUGCCAUCACACAGUGCCUGGAUCAGGCUGGUGGUGCUGCGCCUAUGUGGCACAUACUGGGAGUCACGGGUGAGGAGCUGGUGUGCUGAGAGCCCCCGGCAGCCCCCUGAAUCUCCCAGGCCCACAGGCCACUUUGUCAUCUCACAGUCUCACUUGCCACAAAAAAAUGGGAUUUCUAUGAAGUUUCUGAAACACUGUUCUAGCACAGCUGCUUUGUGUAGCUCUGGCUGGGGAUGUGAGGCAUGGUUUGAGGUCAUGCCCCCGCCCAGCUUGUGUUGUUUGUUCCACUUGUGGGCACUGUUCCACAUCACUGUUGGUUGGGAGCACCCCAGAGCACCCAGGAUGUUUUAAAUUGAGUUGGAUCAUUAAGUUGGGGAAUGGGUUUGAAGCAAAGGGUCACCUGAAACAAAAGGUGGUUGUUGUGGGUGUCAUCACCUGGGGAAAGGGCUAUUCAGGGUGGCUGGGGAGGCUGGUGGCUGUGUUGUGGAUUUUCCUGUUGUGGAUUGCCUCCUGCUCAAUAACACUGCUUUCUCUGGGUAGGUGUAGUUGCUUGGGUUGGGGGGCACGCAGGAGAUCUCAGCCCAUUCUGGAGCAGGAGGGAGCCAGGCACCCAGCUGGAGUGCAGGAUGAGUGUGGUGAUGAUUGGACUCCCAGUGCCCUGGAGCUCCACAGGAGUGGAUUUGCCUCUCACCCUGUGAUGCGGGAACUUCCUCAAAGAGUUCCAGAAGCUUCUGGGGCAGUGGUAGUGCUGUAGGGUGGGCAGUGCCAGGUGGGCCCUGCAGACACUGCCCUGUGCUCCCAGCUGCAGAGCAGGGAUAGCUCCUCAUUGUUCUCUUCCCCACCAUUGUCCCCUCUUGCCAAGGACUUUACCUAACUACAUCUUGGGUCUACAUCUCGCUUUUUUGUCUGCCUUGGGAGCAGGUUGGCUCGUGGUGGCUUCUUUUACUGCACUUGGCGGGGAGGCUGGUGAUUCCCAGGCCAGGGUUAGUGAUUCCUAGGCCAGGGCUGUUCUGUGGCCACACGCGUUGGUGACAGAACAGGCUACUCACCCUGACAUGGCUGUCAGAGCCCAGUACAGCCACCUGCUCUGCCCCGCUCCCAGCUGCCAGGCAGGAGCUCCCAGUUGUAUCCGUGUGGAGAUGGGUGUGUGCAAGUGUUUCAGGGUGAUAUUGUCACUGUCACCUGCUGCUCAAGAGGGAAAAGGGCAGAGCUGAGGUGGUGUGUCAGUGUGUGUGACCCGUGGGCACUGGCUUGGGCACAAGGUCCUCCCAGAGCUGCGUGACAGCAUCAUUGUAUCCCAGAUGUCAUGUGAUGGAAAACAAACAUGGAGCACGCUGUAAUUUUUUCAUGUAAAGCAAUUGAACUGGCAUUAAACAGGUUGUGAAUUUA